AUGCCGUCUAACGGGCGCUCGGCUUUCGGUCACAACCGAUCCUUGUCCAGCAUCCUCAGAUCCGCCUCGCCGAAGCCCUCCCAGACGCAAUCCAAGCCGGCGUCACCCUCGGAUUCUCCCUCCAUGACGGCCGACACCUUCGCAAACCCCUCAACCCCGCUCCACCAGCGGGCCUUCUCUUCCCAGUCCUUGGACGACGAUAAUGAUUUGAGCACCAUCCCAGACCCCAGAAGCCGGGCUAUGAGCCCUGCCAAUGCACAUGCGAUGGCCUCUCCGCACCACCCAGACCUCGACCAAGAGGUUGCGACGCUGAGCACGAAGCUCAUCAACGCCAUCAAUCACCAGACUACAUUGGACGACAACCUAUCCGCUACCAGGGCCGAACUAGAGAACUCGCGCGACAAGAUACGGCAGCUCGAGCGCGUUAUCGAGGAUCAGAGAGAAAUGCUUGCUGGGGACGUGUGGGUGAGGCGCAAGACUGUCGAGGUGGAGAAGACAACGUUGCUUACUCGAGUUGCCGAAGAGAAGGCAGCACGUCUCGACAUGGAGGACCAGAAGAAGAAAAUCGAGCAAGAGCUUGAGAACCUCACGGCGGCGUUAUUUGAGGAAGCAAACAAUAUGGUUAUCACAGCCAAGGAGGAAGCCCGGGCCGAGCAAGAGGUAUUGCACCGCAAGAAUGACCAGCUCAAGGCCCAGAUUGCCGAUACCGAGGGCCUUCUGAAGUCCCAGCAAGAGCAGCUCGCCCAGCUCAAGCAAGUCAUGGAGGCCAUGAGUAUCGAGAAGGACGAACAGUCUCCCCCUACCGUUCCAUCAUCGCCAGGAUUUAGCAGGUUUGAUCCGCGGGAUCUUGGUUCUUCGGAUGGCAUGCAGCAUCAUAGCCUAGCCGUGCCGCUCUCUCCCUCUUACCCCACCAGCUUCACGCACUUGCUGCAGCCUGUUCUCCGUACCGAUCUGGCUGCGUACGGCGAUUUCAAGGACCUCGUUCGGACUUCCAAGAGGCUGUCUGCCCAGCGCCUCCCCCCCGUGUCUUCCAACCCGGGAUUGACCACCUUCAGCAUUGGCCCAGGCUCGACGUCAUCUCACAUUACAACCGGAAACGGGUCCAAUUCCUCCCUGUCUGCGGCUGGGUCUCCGCCCGCGACCUCGCCGCAGACACCAAAUACGCCCGCAUCGUCUAUCAGCGGUGUUUCGUCGGUGCCCGCCGCGCCCAUAUUUCCUCAUCUGAAGGAGACUAGGUUCUACAAGAGGGUGCUCACCGAGGACAUUGAGCCAACGCUUCGGCUUGACACGGCUCCGGGACUUUCCUGGCUAGCUCGGCGUGGCGUGAUCACGGCCAUGUCCGAAGGAACACUCGUUGUAGAGCCCAACCCCUCGACCGCGACGGGCAGGUUUGGCAGGAUCAUCAAACCGGAGUUGUAUCCAUGCUCCUUGUGCGGGGAAUCGAGGAAAGACGAAGAGUACCUCCGCACCCACCGGUUUCGUACCAGCGAGUCGGACUCGUCACAGAGCGGCUAUCCACUCUGCAGGUACUGCCUCCUCCGCGUCCGGUCAACGUGUGACUUCCUUGGCUUUCUCCGCAUCGUCAAGGACGGCCAUUGGCGGGCGGACGACGAAGACGCCGAGAAGGCUGCGUGGGAAGAGAGCGUUCGCCUGCGAGAGCAAAUGUUCUGGAGUCGAAUCGGCGGUGGCGUUCUGCCUACGAGUCAGGUUCACCCAUCAAGCUGCAGCGCCACCCCCAGUCUUCGCGGAGAUAGAAGCCCGCGGCAGAGCCACGACCGCGUCGACAAAGCCGCGCCGUCUUUGGGGCCGGUAGGCCAGCCUCAGUUGGAUAUUGCGACUGUCAUUGAGGAAGCGGCCCUAACGGACACUCAAGAACCAAAGCAGGCCACUGCCAAAGAAACGGCUGAUGCCGAUGGCGGCGCGGCUGUGGCCGAAGAAGUCGUGCCGUUGAGUGCUCGCAACUCGACACAGUCACUAGUUCCCGGACCUGAAUCUAGCGCCGAGGGAGCUGAGGUGAAGCGGCUGUCGUUGACGAUUCCUCUAUCUUCCGGUGCUUGA